UGUCGAGUUCACGAUGACAUUCACAGUGUAAUCGUAGUGACGUAAUGACGUGUAGAGUAUAAGCUUAUUUAAAAUUAAGUGUACCAUAAUACCUUAUUUGUUUUUCAAAAUGUCCAAAAGACGAUGCGUUUUUACUCCACAAUUAAAAUUAGAAUUUCCUGUUUUACAAGAUGCUGACGAAGUAGGAAAAAUAUUUUGUACCAUAUGUAAGUCAGUGUUUUCUAUAGAACAUGGUGGACGUUCAGACAUCACACAACAUGUUACAAAAGUAAAAAAACAUUUACUGGCAUUAUCAGCUGCAUCAAAACACGAAAAGGUAACUUCACAAGAAGGGAUAUUCGCAUUUCAUACCGUGGUACACAAUCACUCAUUUCGAUCAAUGGACUGCACAUCAUCUCUUUUAAAACAAAUCUAUAAUAAAAAAUUUACUUGUGCGAGAACUAAGGCUGAAUCGAUUGUUUUAAAUGUGUUAGCUCCUUUCUCCAUGCAACAAAUUUGUAAGGAAAUAGAAAAUAUAAAUUUUGCUACAAUUAUGAUAGAUACUUCUAACCAUAAGAACCUAAAAAUCGUACCAAUUUUAAUACGUUAUUUCGAUGAAGAUAAUUUAUUUGAUGAAUUCAGUCGUGUAGAACAAAUUUUUAAAUCACGAAUUCAUGAAUGGCAAAAAAAUUCAGCUAAAGUAGAAGUUAAGUGGUGUGAAAUAUUUGAAUACACUAAAGCUCAUAACAUUGAUACAACUAACAUAUCAAAAAUUGUAGAAUAUUCUUUGGAAAUUCCUGGUACAAAUGCUGCAGUAGAACGGAUUUUUUCAACCAUUAACGUGUUGUGGACAGAUGAAAAAAAUCGAUUUUUGGUUGAAACUAUCAAAUCAAUUAUAAUUGUAAAAACACAUUUUAAAAACUUAUCUUGUAAUGAGUUUUAUAAUAUUCUAUUAAAAGAAACUAGGCUACUCGAUGAAAUCGGUUCAGCACAAAAGUAUACAAAAACAUUAAAAGAAGAAAUUUACGUGCCAUCGUCAUCAAAAUAA